AUGUUGCCAUUCUUUAUUUUGCUCAUCGCCUUGUGGUAUCUGUCCAAUUUGAUGCUGAGGGUAAACGCCCAAGGCCAACCACCGAUUAUCACCAAUAAUACCGGGCCCUUAUCCCAAUACAAAUCUAAACAUAAGAGACCGGACAUCUAUGCACCGUCCCUCAACAUCACGCUGUAUGAAGAGCAUGCCGUGACCCCAGGGAAGGCAUCUCGAUAUAUGAUACCAGAGGGGUUAGUCGAUGUCCCCUCAAUCCAUGAAGGAAGAACUAAACCGGCUCCGGGGCAGAAUCUAGUGUACUCCGGCUACGGUUCUACCGGCGGUGGCCCGUCACACAAUUUCCAUGUCUGCUCCAUCAGUGGUGCGGAUAGCUUAUGCUUCAUCACAGGAGGUCAGAAUCAUGGCUAUAGCCGCGGCUGGGCCAUGGUACUUGAUGACACGUUCACUGCUAGGUCAUCGAUUCACUCUCAAGGCGGGCUCGCCAACCUGGAUGAGCACGAGUUUAAUGUCCUCCCAGAUGGCACGGCGCUGUUCACCUUGUACUCGCCUCAGCCAGUUGAUCUCACAGCAUACGGUAUUUCUAAUCAAGGCUGGGUCCAGAAUACUUACUUCCAGCAUAUCGAGUUGAGCACCAAUCAAUUGAUUUUCGAGUGGUCUCCCGUAGACCAUGUUUCCCUCGAUGAAUCGUGGGUCUCGCCGAACACAACGGAUGUUUCUGGAGAUGGUUUGACACCAACCACCCCCUGGGAUUUUUUCCACAUGAAUUCGGUUGAUCGAAAUGCAGAUGGCGACUACUUGGUAUCUGCGCGCCAUACGUCCACAAUCUACAAGAUCUCCGGACAAAGCGGUCAUAUCAUUUGGAGGUUAGGAGGCGCACUUUCCGAUUUUAGUUUCCCCCCAGGGUUGAAUUUCAGCUUCCAGCAUGAUGCCAGAUUUCGCGAAGAAAACGCUACUACGGCCAUAAUCUCGCUCUUCGAUAAUGCGUCUAAUGGCUUUAACCAGUCUUCGCGUUACUCCACGGGAAUGAUUUUAAAACUUGACUACAUCACCAACUCGACAACUCUUCUGCAGGAAUUUGUUGCCCCUGACCAGUUCAUCUCAGCUUCACAGGGAAAUGUACAAUUUCUGGGACCGAGUUCAGAAUGGCAGACUUCGAACAAAUUCAUAGGUUGGGGCUCAAAUGCUUAUAUCUCGGAAUACACAUCAGAGGGUCGCAUGGUGCUGCAGGGCCAUUUCGCAACGACGGGAGCUAUGAAUUAUCGAGCAUUCAAGCAUAAUUUCACCUCGAAGCCAACUGACACUCCUGCCUUGUACGCCUAUGCACAUAAUGAAAGUGCUACAACAUCAUUCUGGGUCAGUUGGAAUGGCGCGACAGAAGUCGUAAGAUGGCGCAUAUAUGGGAGCGCAUCUUCCACGGGACCCUGGUCGGUUAUUGAUACAUUCGACAAGAAUGGAUUUGAGACCCUUCUCACUGUGUCAGCUUACUAUCCAUGGAGCAUCGUGGAGAGCCUUGAUACUAGCGGCAACGCAAUCAGGAACAGUAGCAGAGCCGUGAGGACCUUUGUCCCUGGCCCACGGCUGGCAAGUGUUUGUGAUGCACUGGCCUGCCCGUCGACCAACAGUUCGGCCAGUUCUCAAUCACCCCCGGCAAGCACUAGUAGUACCCAGCAACUAACCAACACGAUUUCCAUCCCUACAACGGUAACUGAGACGCAGACUAUUUACCUGAGCCCGACUGCUGCAAGUGCAGCCGUUCAUGGGAAGCAGAGAGAUCUAAUCACAACUGCCUUCAGCUUUGUUAUGUGGUUCUAUCUGGGGGCCAUGAUGUAG